AUGCCUUCACUUAGGACGGGACCAGCAUCGUUGGGAUCUCCCCCGGUCACACCUGGUCUUCAUGAACAACCUACCUCCCGAAGAUACAACGCGGAUGCGACCAUUUUGCUGGUUGGUUUUGUUGGAGCAGGCAAGAAAACACUAGGGCUCAUAGCCUCUAUCGCUCUUCGGCGAAAGUUAAUCGAUUAUGAUGCAUUCUUCCACAGCCAGGUCAACUCUUCUCCUCAGAACUUCAUUGCCACCUAUGGGUUCGCACGGUAUCGCGAAGUAGAAACGGAGCUAUCCCAAGAACUCCUGACAAAGCAUCAAAAGGGCUGUGUGAUUGUUGGUCUUGGGAUUACGGCAAGCGCGUCUCAAAAACAAUUGUUGAAGGCCUUCGCACGGGACCAUCCGGUGAUAUAUGUGAGGAGAGACGAGGCAACCCUUCGCCAAUUUAUCCAAGCAAACCCCGAGAAGUUUGAACGUGUCCUCGGUAUUGGAAAUGCGUUUUUUGAGUCUUGUUCCAACUUCGACUUCUUCAAUAUUACACAAGACCCGAGCCAACAAAAUGAAGACCAGCUCUACGCACCUCUAAAACUCAAGGAGAUUGAACGCGUCUUUGUGACUUUCCUACAUCGCAUAUUUGGCAAUCCCCAAAAACAGCUCUUCUCCGCCGAUGCUUUCUCUACAACCUAUACAUAUGCCCUAAUGUUGUCUUUAAGCCAGUUGGACGGAGCCCACUUAGACUUGGAAGUUUUGGAUAGUGGUGCCGAUGCAAUCCAUCUUACACUGUUCCCUGAGGACUUCAACCAAGGGCUAGCGGCAAGGCUUUCGUGGCACAUGACAACUCUCAGAAAUCAGACUCGUGUUCCUAUCAUUCUCGAUGCCAGAGCAGACCAACGAACGGACUAUUCUGUCUUUGUGGAAAUAGCACUGCGCGUGGCUCCCGAAGCUCUCACAUGCCAUCUCGUGGGCGCUACUGAGUAUGCACAAAGUAUUAGGGCGGCAAAGGGGCACACGAAACUGAUCGCCGUGCACACCCAAUCUGAGCCCAUUGGGCUGACCCUGUCAUCUCCCGAUAUCCACAUUGUCCGCCGACGGGUUAAAGAGCUAGGAUUUGACGCUAUUCGGCUCACCGGUAAAUUGGGCUCCCCAGACAACGCAAUUUCCUGCGCCAUUUUUCGUCAAAACCUGAUGGAUUCUUUGGGGAUCCCGGUGAUUGCGUACAAUGAAAGCACAUCAGGUCGGGCAUCCAUGUUUUUGAAUUCUACCUUGUCUCCGGUAUCAAUACCUUCCAAUUACGAAGGCCCAUGGCUCCCUCUAAGGGAGACACAAGAAGCUCUUCAAGCCUUUUCUUUAGUCUUGAAGAAAUCAUUUGCCAUAGUCGGGCAAAAUGUCAGCCAGAGCCUGUCUCCGGCGAUGCAUCAGGCAGCUUAUACCUCGUGUGGACUGCCACAUGAAUACAAAGCUAAGAGCAUUGAUGGCUUUGAAAAUAUCCCUCAGAUGCUAGCUUCGGCCUCCCCUAAUAACCUCUUCCGUGGCAUCGCAAUAUCCCUGCCAUUCAAAACCCAGAUCUUAUCCUGUCUCGAAGACAUCAAUCCAGACGCAAGAGACAUAAACGCGGUGAACACCGUGGUGUUGGAGCAUGAAUCUCAGCCCAAUGGAGAUAGACGGUUCUUCUGGCGUGGCUACAACACGGAUUAUAUUGGGGUCAAGGAUUGCAUCCACGGCCACCUAUCUCCAGCAAACGCAAUUCGUGACGGCAGCACAGCUCUGAUCAUAGGCGCUGGUGGAAUGGCCCAUGCAGCUGCCUACGCUUGCUACCAGCUGGGAGUCAGGCGUAUGUUUAUUUAUAACAGAACACCUUCGAACGCACGGAAGCUUGCCGACUACUACAACCAAUGGGCAAUGUCCAAAGGCGAUCAUGCUCUACACUUGGAUGUCAUUGAAUCAAUCAAGGAUCCCUGGCCAUCGGAUUCUCGCCUACCAACGAUUGUUGUAUCUUGCAUCCCCGGUCAAGAUGUUGACAGCCAAUUACCUGUCGAAUUCCGAAUAUCUGAUCAAUGGCUUGGAAGUCGAACUGGUGGUGUGUUUGUUGAGGUUGCGUAUGGUCCAUUAAAAACGUCACUGAUGGAGCAGAUCCUUCCGCUAUCAAAGACCGGAUGGAUUGUCGUCGAUGGAUUGAAAGUCCUUGUCAAACAGGGUAUUGCGCAGUAUGAGUUGUUCACCAACCGACCGGCACCUGUACAUGUGAUGCGACGAGCUGUGGAGGAGGAGGCCACUAAAAGCGGGUAUUUUCACACUUGA